AUGGCUCCUCAAGUAAUUGUGGUUGGUGGUGGCCUGUCUGGUCUCAGUGCCGCCCACACCGUCUACCUGAACGGCGGCAACGUCGUUGUUCUCGACAAGCAAGCCUUCUUCGGUGGUAACUCAACCAAGGCUACCUCUGGUAUUAACGGUGCCCUUACUCGCACCCAAGUCGAUCUCGGCAUCCAAGAUAGCGUCAAGCAGUUCUAUGACGAUACCCUCAAGUCGGCCCGUGACAAGGCCCGUCCCGACCUGAUCAAGGUCCUGACCUACAAGUCUGCGGCCGCGGUUGAGUGGCUACAGGAUGUCUUCAACCUCGAUCUCACUCUCGUCUCCCGUCUCGGUGGUCACUCGCAGCCCCGGACACACCGUGGUCACGAUGCCAAGUUCCCGGGUAUGGCCAUCACCUAUGCUCUGAUGCAGCGCCUGGAGGAACUUGCCGACAAGGAGCCCGGUCGUGUUCAGAUCAUCAAGAAGGCCAACGUGACUUCCGUGAACAAGUCCGGUAACAACGUGACGGGUGUUUCCUACACUCUCAACGGCGAACCCAAGUCCGUCGAUGGUAUCGUCGUCCUGGCUACCGGUGGCUACGCCGCCGACUUUAGUGAGACUUCGUUGCUCAAGCAGCACCGUCCCGACACUUUCGGUCUCUCCUCCACCAACGGCACGCACGCCACUGGUGACGGCCAGAAGAUGCUGAUGGCCAUCGGCGCUAACGGUAUCGACAUGGACAAGGUCCAGGUCCACCCUACUGGUCUCGUUGAUCCCAAGGAUCCUCAGGCCAAGUUCAAGUUCCUGGCUGCCGAGGCCCUCCGUGGUGAGGGUGGUCUGCUCCUGAACUCCGACGGUCAGCGUUUCUCCGACGAGCUCGGUCACCGUGACUAUGUCUCCGGUCAGAUGUGGAAGGAGAAGGAGAAGGGCAAGUGGCCCAUUCGCCUCAUCCUCAACUCCAAGGCCUCCAAUGUCCUGGACUUCCACACUCGUCACUACUCCGGCCGUGGUCUGAUGAAGAAGAUGACCGGCAAGCAACUUGUCGAGGAGAUUGGCUGUGGCGAGGCUGCCCUCAAGAAGACCUUCGACGACUACAACCAAAUCGCCGACGGCAAACAGAAGGACCCCUGGAACAAGCGCUUCUUCCACAACUUCCCCUUCACCCUUGACGACGAGUUCCACGUCGCCCUCAUGGAGCCCGUCCUCCACUUCACCAUGGGUGGUAUUGAAAUCAACGAGCACGCCCAGGUCCUCAACGGUGAGCAGAAGCCUUUCGAGGGUCUCUACGCCUGCGGUGAGUUGGCCGGUGGUGUCCACGGUGCCAACCGUCUGGGUGGUUCCUCCCUGCUCGGCUGUGUCGUUUACGGUCGUGUUGCUGGUGACUCUGCUUGCCAGCACCUCUUCCAGAAGCUCAUUUCCACUGGUGGAUCCGCUUCUAGCCGUCUCGGCCAGAUCUCCCUUCACAUCGACCCCAACACUCCCGGCAAGGUCUCUGUCGAGUGGGGUGCCGGUGCUGGAGGUGACCUGCCCACUCUCGCUGCAGCUCCCAGUGCCAGCGCUCCUGCUGCCUCUGCUGCCGCUCCUGAGCAGCAGGCUGCCAAGCCUGACCCGGCCAACUUCAAGAUCCCCGAGACCGAGUACACCAUGGAGGAGGUCGCCAAGCACAACACCAAGGAGGAUCUCUGGAUUGUUGUCAAGGGUAUUAUCCUUGAUGUCACCAACUGGCUGGACGAGCACCCCGGUGGUGCCAACGCCCUGUUCAACUUCAUGGGCCGGGAUGCUACUGAGGAAUUCGCAAUGCUUCACGAUGACGAGGUCAUCCCCAAGUACGCCGGCCACAUCGUGAUCGGUCGUGUCAAGGGCCAGACCCCCAGCCUGGAGCUGUGA